AUGCUCGAUCUCAAGCCUGAAGAACCACCAGCAGCAAGCCCUUUCAUGUAUGGAAGUGGCAUGCUUGAUCCUGGCGUUCCACAUUACGCAGUGCCCCCCGUCGCAGAAUCGACAAGCCUUCUAGGGAGCCGGGAUAAUUUGCUCAACAGACAAAGUACAGUCGUUCCCAGUGUUGUUGGUGGUGCGAAGUCAAUUGCGCCCAGCGCUCCGCAUACCUUGCAAGCGGGCGGUGACUAUGGCUUAGGCCCUAAGGGAGAUGAUAAGAAGUAUGACAACCCCUUCUAUGACGAAGAUGGCCGCUACUUGGGCGAGCUUGAUCCUGAGUAUGCCGACCCCAAACAUAUCGAGAAAAAGGAUAUUACACUCGGUCGACGUGUCUGGACUGGCUUUGUCUGGGCCUUGACUUUCUGGAUUCCAUCGUUCGUCCUUCGCUUCGUGGGCCGAAUGAAGCGUCCGGAUGUGCGAAUGGCAUGGAGAGAAAAGCUCGUCCUCGUGUUUCUCAUUCUUCUCUUUAACGCUAUUGUCUGCUUUUAUAUCAUCGCCUUCGGUAACUUGCUUUGUCCAAACAAGGAUAAAGUCUGGAACGAGAAAGAGGUCAGUUAUCAUCAAGGGAAUAAUGACUUUUACGUCAGCAUUCACGGCAAAGUCUACGACAUCAGCAAGUUCUGGAAAAUCCAACACAGUGACACAAACAUUGAGACGACAACAUCAAACAUGGAGCCUUUCAUGGGUAAAAACAUGGACGCCUACUUCCCUCCUCCGCUUACUCGACUCUGUGGUGACUUUGUGACCGAUGAGUCUAUCACACUGAGAAAUAACGACACAAACGCGGUGUUGUAUUCAAAUGCCAAGCAUAGUUGUGGCCCUCUCGCGCAGACGGACCCGAACACGAAGCUGCACAAAAUCACCUGGUACGAAGAUGUCUUUCUACCAAAGAUUGACGAGUACUACAAGGGCUCCGUUGUAUGGAAGCGGAGUGAUGUGGCAAAACAAGCAGACAGCAGUUCACGGUCCUGGGUCAUCAAGGAUCAAAACAUAUAUGAUUUGACGGACUAUUUCUAUACCCUCAAGCAGAUGAACAACAUCGACAGUUACAACUUCCUGCCAAGCAGUAUCACAGAACUUUUCAAAAAUUAUCCAGGCACCGACGUAACGGACAAAUGGCCAGACAGUGAAAAUGCCACCAAAGCGCAAACUUGUCUGGAUUAUGUGUUCAAUAAAGGCAAGGUUGAUUUCCGUGAUACUGCGAGAUGCCAAGUCAAUAAUUACAUCCUGUUGGCAUUCACGUGUCUCAUUUGUGCUGUCGUUCUUGUCAAGUUCCUUGCUGCUCUCCAGCUAGGAUCCAAACGUCGGCCUGCCCCUCAGGACAAGUUCGUCAUCUGCUUGGUGCCAGCGUACACUGAGGGCGAGGACUCAUUGCGAAAAGGCCUUGAUUCAUUGACAGCUCUUCAGUAUGAUAACAAGAGGAAACUGAUUUAUGUCAUCUGCGACGGUAUGAUUGUCGGUGGCGGUAACGACCGCCCAACGCCCAAGAUCGUUCUGGACAUUCUGGGAGUAGAUCCCAAGAUCGACCCUCCUGCCUUACCGUUCAAAUCGGUUGGACAAGGCAGUGAUCAGCUCAACUAUGGAAAGGUUUACUCCGGACUUUAUGAGUAUGAAGGGAAUGUUGUUCCCUACAUUGUUGUCGUGAAGGUUGGCAAAGAGUCCGAGCAAAGCAAGUCCAAGCCUGGAAACAGGGGUAAGCGCGACUCUCAGAUUCAGAUUAUGAACUUCCUUAAUCGUGUACACCAUCGCGCCCCCAUGUCGCCUCUUGAGCUGGAGAUUUUCCAUCAGAUUAAUAAUGUGAUUGGCGUCGACCCUGAGCUCUAUGAAUACUGCCUGAUGGUGGAUGCGGAUACAAGUGUCCGAGAAGAUUCACUUAAUCGCCUUGUCGCUGCCUGUGCCAAUGAUGCCCGCAUUGCUGGCAUUUGUGGUGAGACGAGUUUGCAAAAUGAGGAACGAAGCUGGUGGACCAUGAUCCAGGUUUAUGAGUACUACAUUUCUCAUCAUCUCUCAAAAGCAUUCGAGUCCCUCUUUGGCAGUGUAACCUGUCUUCCUGGGUGUUUCUGCAUGUAUCGCUUGCGGACGGCGGACAAAGGCCGGCCUUUGAUCAUAUCAGACAAGGUUAUCAAAGAAUACGCAGACAAUGACGUUGACACGCUGCACAAGAAAAACCUGCUUUCUCUGGGUGAGGAUCGUUAUUUGACUACACUGAUGACGAAGCACUUCCCUACUAUGUCUUACAAAUUCAUCCCGGAUGCCUACGCUAGCACUGCCGCCCCCGAGACGUUCUCUGUCCUUCUGUCUCAGCGACGUCGCUGGAUCAACUCGACUGUCCACAACCUGGUGGAACUCGCUGCCCUGAAAGACCUGUGCGGCUUCUGCUGCUUCAGUAUGCGCUUUGUCGUAUUGGUUGAUCUUCUCGGAACCAUCAUCCUCCCGGCCACCUGUGUUUACUUGGGUUACCUAAUCUACAGUGUCGCCAGUGGUGGACCAAUUCCAAUCAUAUCUAUCGCCAUCUUGGCUGGUGUGUACGGCCUUCAGGCGAUCAUCUUCAUUGUGAAACGGCAGUGGCAGCAUAUUGGUUGGAUGAUCAUUUAUAUCUGUGCCUACCCGAUCUAUAGUUUCAUUUUGCCGAUGUAUUCCUUCUGGAAACAAGACGACUUCAGCUGGGGUAACACUCGUG